AUGCUGAACGAUUGGCAAGUGGUAUGCGGUGCUGUGAUUCCUGAGGCGGCCUCUAUUCCGAUGCUGGUUUCAAUGGGCGGCUUCCGAUAUCCGAUCGGACAAGCUAGCAGGCUGCGCAUCAGGCCUCAAAUAUGUGCGCCGUACCAGCAAAGACGUUGUGGUCUAUGGGGCUGCGAUCUGGUUGAAACUUCAACUUUGCAACCUCAGGGCAAUGGAUAUAUCAGUUGCUGGACAGACGCUGCGGGCAAUGGCAAUCUCGUUGUCAAGCUUGGGAUGAAGAAACAAGACCUGCUCUUCGUGGCCUGCGAGGGUCCGACGGGGCGGAAGGAUCGCAGGACAUCAGCAUCUGCUAACCGCCACGUGCAACAGCACCGUACUAUUCGAGGCAAAGGUCAUCGUCGAGUACGUCUUCCCCAUGCGAAGGCCGAACCCUCCAGAUUCGUCACAAAGGCCGAAGAAGACGAAGAUGCUGCUUGGAAUCUCAAUCAAGUCCCAUCAAGAACUUCUCCGGAGCCCAACGCCUGCAGCAUCCAUACGACGACGUUGCCCAACCAACCUGCCGGUUUCGAUCCCUUCGAUUCGCCGUCAAGUUGCGAUGCCAGCAGUUACGCUACCCAAGAGUUGCUGGCUUGGUACUCCGCACGAGCUGGUCCCCUUGGUCCACAUAAUGAAACUAUGGAAAACGUGUUCUCCUCGGUAUGGGACGCCUUUUGGCAAAUGGCCAUGGAGAACGGAGCGUUUUAUCACCACCUGGCCGCCGUGAUCAACGCACCCUGGAAAUUGGAAGAGCCAGGAAGCGGCUGGACAGGAGAUCAAGACAAGUUCAUGUAUCACAAAACCCUGGCAUUGCAACACCUUCGACGAAGUCUCGACAGCGACCGGCGAUAUGUCGAGACGUCGGCCAUGAUCCUCUCGGUGUGCUUCCAAUUACAUUUCGCCAUGCGUGAGGGCAAUCGAGAGGAGACCACGGUCCACGCGGCAGCCCUCAAGAGCUUCGCCACGUCAUCGGCCCUGUCUAACAUGCAGCCACCCCAUUGGAUUACCUUCGUGCUUCUCAGCUUGAAGCACUCGCAGUGGAGUCUGGAGCCUCCCCCUGCCAACUACUGCUUACAUCCUUACUGCACGUUCGAGCAUCUUUAUGUCGAAGCCCCCGAAUUAUGCAGCCAAGCGCGGGACAAGGCCUCCUCAGCCCUAUCAAGGCUGCCGCUGCCCCAACUUCCCGAGCUCGAUGCCGCGACGGGGUCGCACGGAGUUGGUCCCACGUUGGGUCUCUUCUACGACAUCUCCUACGAUCUCUGCACCUACUCAGCGACAGUCCGCAAGCUACUAUUCGACGGACACGGCAAAGAAGAGCGUUGUCUCGAAGCCCUCUACUGUGUGCUCCUCGCCGCCCAGCUAUCCACGUGGUCCCUUCCCGUCGAGUUCACAGGUUCGAAAGGCCACACCACCACCAACACAACCGUUCGCCUCCUCGCCGAGAUCUGCGCCUCCCUCAAACGCCAACAGAUCACCGUCGCCUACUGGCGCGAACACACCAACCUCGAAUCUCUCGUCUGGGUGCUAUUCCUCGCCUGUGGGCACUGGCGGUUGGCUGAGCAAGCCGAGACCUAUAAGCCUCAGGGAUCUACUGCUGUGGCGCGUACACUUGUCCGUGACAGCACACCCUUGACGAGAUGGCUGAGAACGUGUCCAGCUCACCAAAAGGAAACCCGCACCCUGCGGCAAAAGCAAAUCAUCAAGGCCGUUCGGCUCUCUUUGAGAGGUCGCGAUAGAAUAGCACACUACACAUAG